UCUUCCAUUCUACUGAAAGGGAUACCAAAUAUUUUGAAUUUUAUCCAAAUUUCAUGAUAUAUUUGCUGUGUUUGCUUCAAUCACACAAUUCAUACUCCUUCAUGGCGGCGUCUUCUUCUUCUUCCUCUUCUCCUCAAACAGACACAUGCCUUAACUUCAUCACUCAUCUCCUUAAAGCUUUCAAAGACCUGGCACUGAAUGUUUUCUUCCAUGAAGAAAAACCGAGAAAAGACGAGCAAGGUUCGCAAGGACUCCCUCAAGCAAUUGCUUCUCCUUCCUCUUCCCGUGGAAUAAAGCAUCAAGUUUUCUUGAGCUUCAGAGGUGAGGAUACACGCCUUAACUUCACCGCUCAUCUUCUCAAAGCUUUGGAAGACAGGGGAAUCUCUGUCUUCUUCGAUGAAAAAGAUCUGGAAAAAGGGAAUCAGUAUCUUUCACCAGCACUUUCUCAAGCAAUUGCAGCCUCAAAAAUCUCACUAAUCGUUUUAUCUAAAGACUAUGCUUCGUCGAACUCAUGCUUGGAAGAACUCUCCAACACGAUGGAUCGCAAGCGCACUCAAGGAAGAUUUGUUAUUCCCAUAUUUUACCAUGUUGAUCCUUCUCAUGUGAGAAAAUUUGGUGGGAAUUUUAAGGCAUCCUUUGAAAAGCAUGAGAAGAACAGACCAAUUGAUCAAGUGAAGCGAUGGAAAGAUGCCUUCGCUAAAGUCGGUGAAAUUCCGGGAUGGCAUAUAAAAGGUGGCAAAGUCGACAGACCUGAAACUGAGUACAUCGAGAAGAUUGUUGACGAUGUUACAAAGAAAUUGAUGAAUAAAAUGUCUAGAAGUGCUUCUGAAGGACUAGUUGGAAUAGAUUAUCAGAGAAAGAUGAUUUUGGAUCUGAUUAAUCAGAAAGACUCUCGUGUAAUAGGACUAUGGGGAAUGGGUGGUAUAGGCAAAUCUACCCUUGCUGAUUCUGUAUACAAAGGAAUCUCCCCAGAGUUUCGAGCUAGUUUCUUUCUUCAAAAUGUUAGUGAGAAAAUAAAAAAGCAAGGGAGGGAGUCGUUACGAAAUGAACUUCUUUCCAAACUAUUAAACGAGAAAGAAAUCCGUAUAGACACCCCUUCAAUAGGAUCCCCUUACCAAGAGAGGCUGAACAAUUUGAGAGUAGCUGUUGUCCUUGAUGAUGUUAGUCACCCAGACCAAAUUGAUUUAAUGGGUGUUAGACAUUUUCGUGAUGGAAGUAAGAUCAUUGUAACAUCUAGAGAUAGACAAGUACUCAAAAAUGUAGGAGUUGACAAAAUACACGAGGUGAAGAAGUUAAACGUGGACGACUCUCUUCAACUUUUCUCUACAUUUGCAUUUAAGCAGUUGAAUCCUGAUGUUGAUUUUCGAGAUCUGUCAAACAAGUUUCUGGAGUACGCCCAAGGGAAUCCACUUGCUCUUAAAGUUUUGGGUUCUAAACUAUAUAAAAAGUCUAGGAAAGAGUGGGAAAGUGAGAUGGAUAAGCUAAAGGAGUACGGCCAGCCAGAAAUUUCUCAAAUUUUGAAGAGUAGCUUUGAUGGACUGGAUGAGCUAGAGAAUAAUAUAUUUCUCGAUAUGGCAUGCUUCUUUAAAGGGGAACCUAUGCAAAAUGUAGAAGAAAUUCUAAGCUGCUUUUAUAAGGGUGCAGUAUGUGGAAUAACCAACUUGGUGGACAAGCAUCUACUUGAUAUAUCACCUGUAAAAGAUAUCCCUAUAAAUGAAAUGUUUCGAAAGGAAGAAAUCAUGAGAAAGCAUCGCCAACUAAAAAAUUCUUGGUUGACAACUAGCCAUUGUAGGAUCGUAGGGGACAGAAUAACCAACUUCCUCGAUCAAUCUAUUUCUAUGCAUGAUAUGGUUGAAGAGAUGGGAAAGAACAUUGUUCGUCAAGAAUCUAAAGACCUUGGAAAGCGCAGCAGGUUAUGGAUUCCCGAAGACGUGUCUCAAGUGCUCAUACAUAACAAAGGGACUGAUCGAAUUGAAGGAAUGAAGUUAGACAUGUCUCAGAUUGGUGAUCUUAAGUUUUGUCCUACUGUUUUUGACAAGAUGCAUAAUCUUAGAUAUAUUAACUUCUAUUUUCCUCCAUUUAGUGUUGGGAAGUACAAGAAGCUACAUGCAAACCAAGUUGGUUUUUUAUCUCUUCCUUAUGAGAUAAGGUUUCUCCAUUGGGAGUAUUACCCAUUUAAAUAUUUAUCAUCAAGUUUUAAUCCAAAGAAUUUUCUUGUGUUGAAAUUACCAUAUAGCGACAUAGAACAACUUUGGAAUGAAGAUGAUCAUCAGGGUCUUACAAAUUUAAGGGAAAUUAACCUUUCUCAUUGCAAGAAUUUAAGGAAGGUUCCUAACCUGUUGGGAGCCAUCCACCUUGAAAUCCUUUGCUGUAGGGGGUGUGAAAGUUUGGUUGAACUUCCUUGCCUCAAUCAUUUGUCAUCUCUUAAAACACUUGAGCUUCAGGGAUGUCAUAAACUCAAGAAGUUUCCCGAGAUCCCAAAUCAUUUCACUUUGCAGUGUUUAGAAGAAACUGGUAUAGAGGAAGUUCCCGGUUCAAUUGAGCAUCUCGUUCGACUUAGAAAGUUAUGCUUGAGAAACUCGAGUGUUAAAAAUGUGUCGAACAAUAUUUUGAAGUUGGAAUCCCUUCAUUGUCUGGAUCUUAGUCAUUGCCCGAUCACCAAUUUUCCAGAAAUCCCUAGAAGCUUAAAAGAGUUAUACUUAUCUGAGACCCAAAUUCAGCAAGUGUCCCUGUCUUCCUACUCAUUAAUUAAUCUUCAGUACUUGGAUAUGAGGGGCUCAAGUAUUCAAAAGCUACACUGCAAUGUUGACCUCCCUGGUUUGAGCGAGACUUCAACAGUUGAUGUGCCCUCAUCAAUCUUGAGCCUUGGAUAUUUGAAAGUUGAUUAUUGCAAGAGUCUCGAAUUGCUCUCAGAGCUUCCGCUGUAUCUACGGUACUUGAACGCACAUGGCUGUACGUCAUUAGAAAAAGUAUCAUUCACGAAUCAGAAUCAACAUCUUUAUGAGCCCUGUUCUUUUGAUGACAAUGAUGACUUUUUCAUGAUAUUCUCGAAUUGCUUGAGCUUGAAGCAAGAUUCAAUUGAUAACAUCGUGGAAAAUGCCAUGCUCAAAAUUGGAUCCAUGGCAGAGAAAUGGACUGGAAAAUAUGUUUAUGGUCCAAAAAAAAUGAUUUGUUGUUUCCCAGGAAACGAAAUUUCAACAAGUAAGUUCGAGUAUCAGAGUGUGAACUCUUCAUUAAAUUUGAAGAUAGAGCCGAACAGGUGCAGAUACAUGGUAUUUUCUAUCUUCCUUGUGGCUGAUCUCACGCCUGCCUCAAAAAGUGUAGAUUUUGAAUGUUCCUUAAAAUUGACAGCCGCCGAUGGUAGUCACCGUUAUCACUAUACCACUGGGUGGUCCAAUGAGCUAGAUUUUCAGAAAAAGCAUGAGUACGUGGGUGAUCACGUGUUUAUUCUGUUUAGCAGCAAUAUGAUUAGAAAAGACGAGGGUUUUGAGGAGGCUUCAUUUAAAUUCUACGUUUACAUGAAAGAGUGUUGUAAGGUGGAGAAAUGUGGUGUUCAUGUAUCUUAUAUCCCAGAAGAACUUAACCCAGCCCACAACAUUAGAGGCACAGAAAUGAUUAGUGGUGAAAAGGGAAGCAAACAAUGAAGCAGAGUCCAGAGGGAAUUACAGAUGAUUGGGAAGGCCAUAAUUGUUCUUUAACUAAAUGCUUGCUUAGUACAUGUGUUUCAACUGAGAUUUUGAGACAAUCCAAGUUGUCAGUAGAUUUUCCCUCUGGAUUUAAUUCAUCAUGAUUCAAUAUGAAUUAUGAAUCCGACAACAGUUUUUACUCUGCAGAAGAAUCUAAUAUUGAGGACGUAUAUGAUGAUGCACCGAAGAAUCUUUAGCCAUGACUGUGAAGGACAUACAAGUUCAUGAGAUAUUUGGGUCUGGUUUUCAAGAGAUACAAAGUUCUCAACAAUGUGUCACCAAUGAGGCUUAGGAAUUAAAGUUGGGACAAGGAGAAUUGAGGAUGAUCACAAAUGAAUUGAAGGAAUUAAGGCUUAGAAAAAGGGAAUUAGGGAUUGAAGGCUGGAAUCAGUUGAUAGAAAGCAAAGCAUUGGGAGAGAGUAAAACCUGUACUAAAAAAUCUAUG